CAGCAAGCACACCAUGGCAACGUUGCACGGCCUCUUCUUCCAUGGUACGAGCCUCUUCGUGCUCCUCCUAGUCUUGCUCCUCCGUUUCCGUCGCCUGCAGGGUCAUGGCAAGCGCCUCCCGCCGGGCCCGCCGGCGUUGCUGCUGCUCUUCAGCGCGGCGUGGCUGGGGCUGACCAGCUCGCCGACCAAGGCAGAGCCCCUGCUUCGGCGCCUGUUCAAGCGGUACGGCCCCAUCGUGUCGCUGCGGGUGGGGUCGCGGCUGACCAUCUUCGUCGCCGACCACCGCCUCGCGCACACGGCGCUCCUGGAGCGCGGGGCCGCGCUGGCCGACCGCCCCAACCUCGCAUCCGCCAGCCUCCUCGGCGUGAACGACAAGUACACCGUCACCCGCGCCGGCUACGGGCCGGUGUGGCGCCUCCUCCGCCGCAACCUCGUCGCCGAGACGCUGCACCCGUCGCGCGCCCGCCUGUUCGCGCCCGCGCGCUUCUGGGCACGACGCGUGCUUGUGGAGAAGCUGCGGUGUUCUGGGCCCGACGACGACGGUGAGGCGCCGGCGCCGGUCAUGGCCACGUUUCAGUACGUCGUGUUCUGCCUCCUCCUUUUCAUGUGCUUCGGUGAGAGGCUCGACGAGGGCACGGUGCGCGCCAUUGCCGACGCGCAGCGCGAGCAGCUGCGGUACAUGUUCAGCAAGAUGUCCGUUUUCGCCUUCCUCCCGUCGGUCGCCGAGCACCUCUUGCGCGGGCGCGUCCGGACAGCGCUUUCCCUGCAGCGGCGCCAGAAAGAGCUACUCCUGCCACUGAUCGACGGGCGUAGGGAGUACCAGAAGCGCGGCCGCGAGCACGAGCCGAUGCUGAGCAAAUCGGAAACUACAUUGGAGCACUCGUACGUGGACACGCUGUUCGACGUCAGGCUCCCGGAGGAGGGCAACCGCCCACUCACCGACGACGAGAUUGUUAACCUCUGCUCGGAGUUCCUCACCGCCGGGACCGACACCACCUCCAGCGCGCUGCAGUGGAUCAUGGCCGAGCUGGUGAAACACCAGGCCAUCCAGGAGAAGCUCUACGAGGAGAUCAAAGCCGAGACAAGAGACGGCCAGGAAGAAGCCUCCGAGGAAGACGUCCAAAACAUGCCUUACCUCAAGGCGGUGGUUCUAGAGGGCUUGCGGAAGCACCCGCCGGUGCACUUCGUGGUGCCGCACAUGGCAGCGGAGGACGUGGAGGUCGGCGGGCACCUCAUCCCCAAGGGUUCCACGGUGAACUUCAUGGUGGCUGCGAUGGGCAGGGACGAGAGGGAGUGGAAGAAGCCCAUGGAGUUCAUUCCGGAGCGGUUCUUAGCAGGCAAAGUGGUGGACGUGACAGGCAGCACGGGGAUCAGAAUGAUGCCGUUCGGCGUCGGCCGGAGGAUCUGUGCCGGUCUGAACAGCGCCAUGCUUCACCUGCUCUACCUGGUGGCCAACAUGGUGAGGGAAUUCGAGUGGAAGGAAGCGGCCGGCCACGAGGUUGACUUGGCCGAGAAACUGGACUUCACUGUCGUCAUGAAGAAGCCGCUGCGCCCGCGCCUUGUGCCCCGAAAGCUACAGCCAAACGUGCAGACUUAAGAACAACGAGAGUGGGGGUGGAAGGAGCCGAUGGAGUAAAUUAAUUCCUGUUUAGUUUAAUCCAUUCAUGUUGAGUAAUGCUACAACUACGGACAGUGUACACGAUGUUUACGGACUAAGCAGAGAUGUGUUGUGUUGAUUGGUCUAGGAUGAAGCGGGCCCGUCCUAAAAAUCAGGGAGGUGUGAUUAGUGAGGGGAGAAGGAUUAGCCCGUUAAACUCUGUAGAAAUCUUUCGUAACUCUUGCAUUUUUGUUCAUGUUUAUAUGUAAAGGGAAAAGAUUCUGUUCA